CGUCAUGAAGAUCUGGUUUUUCAUAUACUUUCUUAUAAUCGUUUUUAUAAAUGUUACUGCAUAUAAUAAAAUCAUUCGACAACCCAAGUGUUUGUACAUGGCCGAUGUUGGCCCUUGUGAGGACCAAGUUAAGGUCUAUGGCUAUGAUUAUUUAACCAAUCGUUGUGUGCAUUUCAUUUAUGGCGGCUGUGGUGGAAAUCCAAAUCGUUUUAACACAAAGAAGGAAUGCAUGGAAGAAUGUCAUGUGGAGGGCGAAGACAGCGCAGAAGAUGAGGAAUAUCUGCUUGAUGAUGUAUAUAUGAGAAAUGAAUUAUAAAAUCGUUAUUAUUUGAAUAUAGCACUUGCGAUUAAAGAGCAUCACAGCA